CUACCUGUGUCUGGAUUUUCUAAAUUACUCACUCAAAUCAGGAGAGCUAGUUGGAAUAGAAAUGAACAAGAUUUCUCCCUCUUGGAAGUCGCAUGAGCACUUCAAAAAUUCAGUGUUUCGUUCUCAAUGUGCAGCAUCUUUCCUCCAAAAUUAGUGCUUUUCAGGCUCCCCACUUCUCAGGAAUAACCUCUCAGGGCUGAAAACCCAGGCACUCGUUCUUACCAGUCAGUCAGUGGCUGGUCACAUACUGUCUCUUCCUCCUCUUAAAUCCUAUUUUUAUCUGUCCCAUUCUCCACAAGUUCCUUUCAUUUUGUUUCGUUUGAGCUAUGGCCAUGGCCUCCUUCAUCCCACCUCCAGUGCAUCCUGGCCCUCCCGGAGAGAUACUCUGCUUUCAACAUCCAGAUCUGAUCCUGCCCUUCCCUGCUCAAAUCCUUCUAGAUCCUACUCCAGGUGGCCCACAGGUAAUACCAAAGGCCCUCAGUCAAGGCCUUCAGCAUCUGAUCCUGCCUGUAUCCCCACUCCCAGCUCCGUUUUACCUUCAGUUCUAAGCUUCUUGACACACCUGGUCAAGAGAACACCCUGAUGAGCAAAUGAAUUCCUCCUGCAAUGAAUCUCUCACAGGUAAUUUUGUUUCUCCGGCCUGAGGAGAAUCCCAAAGAAACAUGAAUCUGGGAAAAUUCCGGGAUCAUGCAACCCAUUUCUUGCACCACCUACAUCGGCAAAAGCAAUUGGGAAGAGACACUGCAAGGGAGGGAAGGGUCCCGCUGGAGAAGGUGGGGAGGGCUAACUAGAGCAGGGGCACAUCUUUGUGGUUAGGAAAAGCCUCCUUUCCAUCUCUGCAGUAUCCACUCCAGAAUUCUGACCUACUCCAGUCCCUACCUUCUCAGAGGACAUCGCGCCCCCCACAUCUCCCCCAUCCCAAGCUUGAACCCUGUCUGGAAGGCAUCUGACACAGCAGCUGUAGAACCCGAGGAUGAUAGGCUCGUGGCUCGGGAAGAACCCAAGCAGAACUGGAACAGAGCGCGGUGGGAUUCCCAGAUCUGUUGUCCGGGACACCCCGGCCCCUAUCCUCUAUCCUGAGCCUCGGUGGACGCCUGGAGGGGGGCUAGAAAGCCAGGAGACACCAUGUUGGGGGGUUAGGAGAGGAUUCGGAUUCUUUCAUCUCCCAUUCGGCUUCGGGAAGCCGGACCCCGACCCCCAAAAGUCCCAAAGAAGAAGUGGGGGGUGUCCCGAAUCCCCAGGCUCCACUGCAGCGCCCCGCCCCUAUUCGCGGGGCGUGCCGGGAGAGGAAGUUCUCGGCCGAGUUGCGAGAACAGCCGAUCCGCAGGUCCAAACUACAAGUCCCAGAAUGCAUUGCACCCCGCAGCCGCGGGCGGGCCAUGGUUGCCCUUGGCAACAGUGCAGGUCUCCCCGGAGCCUGGACGAAGACGCUGUGGCCAGCCGGGGGAGGAAUCAAGAGCGACCAGAGUGAGGCAGAGACGCAGUUGGGGCGAUGGAGGGGAGAGACAGGAGGAAACCGACAAGGACAACGUUCGGAGAGACCCUGCCAACCCCCAGACAGAGACGCACAGGGCAUUCCCAAGCCAGCGAGGAACAGAGACUGAAUCACAGAGAGACGUGGAGGAAGGGAGGGACCCCCCAGAGACGAGAAAGAGAGCCAGAGAGACAAAUAGAGUAGGUGAGGAAGGGACGAAGAUAGAGCUAGGGAGGAGAGGGAGAGAGAUCAACUUAAACAUUUAGAUCGAGACGCCCAGCGAUAGAGAGAAAGAGGUAAGCACGAACAGAGAGAGAUUCGUAGAGACAGGAAGGGAGAGAGACAGACACUGAAGCAUCUGCAAAGACAUGGACACAGAGAGGAGGGGAGAGAAUCAGAGGGAAAUAGAAGAGGACGUAGAGAAAGAGACAGGGAGAGAGACAGAGACUGCCUCUCAAAGAGAAAGACGCAGAGGGAGGGAGAGACAGAUUCACAGAAGCAGAACCAAAGAGACAGGGAGAGGAAGAGCUUCGGGGAGACAGACGUGAAGGAUUUAUGAGACAGGAAGAGACAGAGAGAGACGGAUCCACUGUGAGACACAUACGGAGUGAGAGACACAUCCAGAUCCAGAGAGGGUCAUAGGAUGAGUGACAAACAUAAAUAGGGACACAGAGCGAAGAAAACAGAGAAAUGAAAGCAAAUUCUCAGACCAGGACAGGAACCCAGAUCCACCCAGAGAGACCGAGGGCCAAGAAUACUGAGAGAACAGAGAUCAAGGGAAAGACACACCCAGAGGCAGACAAGGAUGGUCCAGUUCACAGAAGCCCAGAGAGAAAUCAAGACUCGGGUGGCAACAGAAAAAGUGAGACACCAAGCCUCCCUGCCCACCAUUGGAUCCCAGCACGAAUACAAAGUUUGUGCAAUGACAGAGUGACACAAAAAGGGGCUCUGAGGCAGAAGGUGGUCCACGAAGUCAAGAGCCACAAGUUCACAGCUCGCUUCUUCAAGCAACCAACCUUCUGCAGCCACUGCACUGACUUCAUAUGGGGGAUUGGAAAACAGGGCCUGCAGUGUCAAGUCUGCAGCUUUGUGGUUCACCGACGAUGCCACGAAUUUGUGACCUUCGAGUGUCCAGGCGCUGGGAAGGGCCCCCAGACAGACGAUCCUCGGAACAAGCACAAGUUCCGUCUGCACAGCUACAGCAGCCCCACCUUCUGCGACCACUGCGGCUCCCUUCUUUACGGGCUGGUUCAUCAGGGCAUGAAAUGUUCCUGUUGCGAGAUGAACGUGCACCGGCGCUGUGUGCGCAGCGUGCCCUCUCUGUGCGGUGUGGACCACACCGAGCGCCGCGGGCGCCUGCAGCUGGAAAUCCGGGCUCCCACUUCAGAUGAGAUCCACAUCACGGUUGGCGAGGCCCGUAACCUCAUCCCAAUGGACCCCAAUGGUCUGUCUGACCCCUAUGUGAAACUGAAACUCAUCCCAGACCCUCGGAAUUUGACGAAACAGAAGACCCGGACGGUGAAAGCCACGCUAAACCCUGUGUGGAACGAGACCUUUGUGUUCAACCUGAAGCCGGGGGACGUGGAGCGCCGGCUCAGCGUGGAGGUGUGGGACUGGGACCGGACUUCCCGCAACGACUUCAUGGGUGCCAUGUCCUUCGGGGUCUCGGAGCUGCUCAAGGCGCCAGUGGACGGCUGGUACAAGUUACUGAACCAGGAGGAGGGCGAAUAUUACAAUGUGCCAGUGGCUGAUGCUGACAACUGCAGCCUCCUCCAGAAGUUUGAGGCCUGUAACUACCCCCUGGAACUGUAUGAGAGGGUGCGGAUGGGUCCCUCAUCCUCUCCCAUCCCCUCCCCAUCCCCUAGUCCCACCGACUCCAAGCGCUGUUUCUUUGGGGCGAGCCCUGGACGUCUGCACAUCUCGGACUUCAGCUUUCUCAUGGUUCUAGGAAAAGGCAGUUUUGGGAAGGUGAUGCUGGCAGAGCGCAGGGGCUCGGAUGAGCUCUAUGCCAUCAAGAUCCUGAAGAAAGACGUGAUUGUCCAGGAUGACGACGUGGACUGCACCCUGGUGGAGAAACGUGUGCUGGCCCUGGGGGGCCGAGGCCCUGGAGGCCGGCCGCACUUUCUCACCCAGCUUCACUCCACCUUCCAGACUCCGGAUCGCCUGUAUUUUGUGAUGGAGUACGUCACCGGGGGCGACUUGAUGUACCACAUUCAGCAGCUGGGCAAGUUCAAGGAGCCCCAUGCGGCGUUCUACGCUGCAGAAAUCGCCAUCGGCCUCUUCUUCCUUCACAACCAGGGCAUCAUCUACCGGGACCUGAAACUGGACAACGUGAUGCUGGAUGCCGAAGGACACAUCAAGAUCACUGACUUUGGCAUGUGCAAGGAGAACGUCUUCCCCGGGACCACCACUCGCACCUUCUGUGGGACCCCAGACUAUAUAGCCCCCGAGAUCAUUGCCUACCAGCCCUAUGGGAAGUCUGUCGACUGGUGGUCCUUUGGAGUCCUGCUGUAUGAGAUGUUGGCAGGCCAGCCCCCCUUUGAUGGGGAGGACGAGGAGGAGCUGUUUCAGGCCAUCAUGGAACAAACGGUCACCUACCCCAAGUCGCUGUCCCGUGAAGCUGUGGCCAUCUGCAAGGGGUUCCUAACCAAGCACCCAGCAAAGCGCCUGGGCUCAGGGCCAGAUGGAGAAUCCACCAUCAGAGCUCAUGGCUUCUUCCGCUGGAUCGACUGGGAACGGCUGGAACGACUGGAGAUCGCCCCUCCGUUCAGACCCCGUCCGUGUGGCCGCAGCGGUGAGAACUUCGACAAGUUCUUCACGCGGGCGGCGCCAGCGCUGACGCCCCCAGACCGCCUAGUCCUGGCCAGCAUCGACCAAGCUGAUUUCCAAGGCUUUACUUAUGUCAACCCGGAUUUUGUGCACCCGGAUGCCCGCAGCCCCAUCAGCCCAGCACCUGUGCCCGUCAUGUAAUUUCACCUGCCGCCACUAGGUGUCCCCAUGGCUCCCUCAGCCGCGCCAGCCUUAGCCUGCCCUUCACCAUCCUCUUUCCAAUUCUCGAUCUUGCUCCCAAGCAUUCGGGGUUCUACCCUACCCCCACCCCUGGGUUCUAGCUGCCUCUCUCAAGUGUUCCUGGCGUUCUGAACUCUACACAGUCUCUAGAGCCUUACCGUGUUAUAGAUUCUGCUGUGCUGAGCUCUAGAUUCUCGCCCUACUCUGCUCCACCAAGUUCCAGAACCACCACCACCACCGUCCCAACUCCACGGGGUUCUAGACUCCAUUUGGUAGAAUCUAUGCCUCUCCUCCCCCCCCCCCCAUUUCUGGGAAAUAGUCUCAUGGGGUGGGCUGUUCCAGACUCAACAGAUUCCAGAACAACAUUUCCCCACCUCCGAGGCCCCGCCUAGCUCCACUCUGUUCUGGAGUUAAGUGGGAGGCUGUGCCCCAUGCUCCAGUGCCCUUCCUCUAUGCUCUGAGGAUUCCUGGGAUGUAUGGAAGCUUCUUUCCCCAACUGUUCUCAGCUUUCGUCCUAGACUCCCCCAUCCUAAACCCAUCGCUGCAUGGCUCCAGUCCUUCUCGGAACCUCACCCUUACCCUAUGCCUACCACUCUCGGUGACCCUCCCCACUCCCAAUCCUCUUUGCCUCUCCCACCCGGCCACAGCUGCUGGAGAAUAAAUUUGGGAUGCUGAUGCUGAA